CCGAGACCGGACAGCGAGACCGAGUGUCGGUCGGAGUGGCGAGAGGGGAGAAAAUAGAAGUAAUAUCGAGCUUCAAAAUGUCUGGACGCUCAGUUCGUGCCGAGACCCGGAGUCGUGCGAAAGAUGAUAUUAAGAAAGUGAUGGCGGCCAUUGAAAGAGUGCGGAGAUGGGAGAAGAAGUGGGUGACUGUCGGAGACACAUCGUUGCGGAUAUUUAAAUGGGUGCCCGUGGUGGACACGAAGGAGAAAGACAAGAGCAAGAUGUCCGGCGGGGCUGUGCGGGAGCUCAAGAGCUUCCCUGCGGACACGGCCUCGGAAGCGGCUCGCUCCGUCCUGCUCGACUUCCAGGACGAGAACAGCAACCAGAGCUCGCUGUCGGACACGUACCAGCCCAAGGUGGACAGCAGCAGCAACUCGAGCCCGCAGCCCAGCGAGCCGGUGAGCCCGGCCCACACCUGCGACUUCCGCACUGACGACUCGCAGCCUCCCACCCUGGGCCAGGAGAGCAUGGAGGGUGAGGGCAGAAGGUCCCGUCGUCGUCGUCGUCUCGCAACGCUCUGCUUCGAGCCAUCUCUGCAGACGUGCGAAGUUGCGGACGAGCCUCCUACCCUGAUAAAAGAGGACCUGCUGCCCCUAAGCGCUCAGGAGGAAGAGGAAAGUUCUGGAGCGCCGCCACUUAAAAGAGUGUGUACCGAGCAGAACUCGGUGCUGCAGGCCACCUCCCUGAGCUAGCGGGGGGGGGGGCUCAGCCGCUCCGCUCGUGGGAGUGCUGUGUGUCCACCCAGGAAUGGCUGCGAAGACGACACGUCGAGGACCAGACACGUUUGGCCGGACAGACGUUGUUAUUGACCCGACCUGACCCGACCCGACCCGACCUGACUAGCUUGUACUAUCUAUCUCCUGCAGAUGUUGCAUUUCUGUGCGUAAUUCGCAGACGCUGACAUGAUCUUCUGGUGGCUGUUCAGUUGGAUUCUAUACCAAAAAGUGUGUGAGAGAGCGCGAGAGUUGUAGAUUGAAAAAAAGAAAAAAGAAAAAACACGUUGCUGACAGGUGCUGUCAGAUGGGUAAAUGAGUUUGAUUAUGUGAGCUUGACUUUUCAUGUCCUUUAAUUGGAGUUACUAUGACGUACUACACUGAAGGUAGCGCUUCAUGUUGUCGAUCCUUUGUGUCCGCAGUAUAUGCAUCAGGGUCUUGAUGUUAUUGGCAGUUUAUAUGAACCUAGUACAAAAAAGCCAUGCUCGGUGUUGUAUUGUCCAACUUUUCUUGGUUAAGCCUUGAACUGAACUUCAGUGUGGAGACAUUGUAUAUGCAUGUAAAUGAUUGACAUUACGUUGUUGCAAAUGAGGUAAAUUAUAUUUUAAUUAUUACUGGUACAAUGAAAGAUACUCAUUUCCACACGUUGACUUAUCCAGGCAGUACAUGGAGGUGCAGCACAAGCAAACAAAUUUCGCACGAGAGAUGCUUCACAGGCCGCCUUUCUAGGUGCCCUUCAUUUGCAUAUUUGUGCUAAACAAGUUACAGUUUGGUGUUUGAUAUGCUUUAAUUGCGCUUCGUUCUUUGUGUAGCUUGGGCCGCCUAAUUCGUCCCACUAAUAUAAGGACCGUCGAGAGUUGGUUUGCAUUCAAUAUGAGUUGUCCAAAGUGGGUGGGUGCGUGCGUGUGUAUCGCCAUUCAAAACAACCAUUUCAUUAGUGGGGUAGUUAUUUAAUUCUUUGGUGUUUCCCCUCUAUGCCAAAUUAG